GUUCAUGUGUACCUGCUAACGAGUGCUCACUUUGGCCUUGCAGACAUGAAUCAUCUCCAGGGAGAGUACAGAAGUGGCGGUGGACCACACCCAAGUGAAGAUGCCUCAGUUAGCUCUGUUGCCUUGGUGACAAUCCCAAUCACGAUAGCGCUGUUACUGAUCAUCGUCUUUCUGCUUGUCAAUCAGAAAAAGCAGUGGAUUCCAGUGUCCUGCUACAAAGCUCCAACAAAGCCUUCUUGCCUAAACAAUCAGCUGGUUUAUGUGGACUGCAAGAAAGGUACCAUGGUCCAGGUGGACAGUUCUCAGAGGAUGCUAAGAAUUGCAGACCCGGAUUCAAGAUACAGUGGAUUUUACAGCAUGCAGAAACAGAACAACCUACAGGCAGAUAACUUCUAUCAAACAGUUUGAAGAAUUGAACCCUCACCAAGGAUUUAAGAAAGAGCUAGCGAGAGAG